AUGAUCCCGACCACCCCACAACAUCGCCGGGACAACCUCCGCGGCCUAGUCGAAGCGCUGAACACUUCGAGGAAUGGACAGCGGCGGGCCAGCAACCAGCGCGUCAUGGAAAAGAAGGACAGCAAGAUUCUGCGACGGAGGGGCGUGCGACAGCGCAGCAAAGAGCCCCCCGUCCUGACUGACUAUCGAAGAGACGAGCACAUGCAGUACCUAUUCAAAAGGUUCCUGGCGCUGCAUGCUCGCCUGCUCUUGACUUGGGCCGACUGGAUCUUGCGUUUGGUGCUGUCCCGGACCCCGACUUGUGGGGGUGUUGCUCCGCAGAAGGAAAUCUUCUCGGCCAGGAAGACGCCCUCGUCGCCGUUUGUGCAGGGACUCAUGGCGCAAGACCAUGUGCCGCUUGCACCCAAUAAAGCAAGAAAUUAUGGGGCUGUGCCAUCAGCUAUGGAUGUGUCGAAUACCACCUUCACCAGUACCACGGCUCCGUCUGUGUUUACGACUCAUAAUAUGCACCUGGGCAACUCAUUCGAUACAGACAUUACCGAGGCCAUUGACACGCAAUCUACCUAUGCCGACUCCGUCGUCGGGUACAUGAUGGGCGAGGAAAUGAGCAGGAGCAUGGAUGCCGCCCAAUCUAUGGCGAAUGCCUACUCCGAUGGGGACGCGCAAGCGGCCAUUGAACAGGAGAUUGGGGAUGAGCUGCUGCGCUAUGGCCCCUUUACCAUCGAGCAGCCCUUCUCGGGGAAAACUCCCCUGCGCUAUCGGUAUGAGCUGGAACGCAUUGAUUGCGCUUGGAACAUCCCCCUCAACCGCAUGCUUGUUGGCGAUAAUGUCUCUUUCAAGACUCAGGACGACUACUGGUCUUGGAUCGAGCGUCAUACUCAGCGCGGUGGUCGUCUUCUUCCCGAACGGUCCUCGCGCAAGGCUUGGGAUGCUGCGAUGAAUGCUUUCACGACUGGCAAGCCCUCGGAGGUGGUGGUACUGACCGGAGACCUGGAGUGGUGCGAUGAAUCCGAGCCGGGGAUUUUUAUGCUAAGUCGUUUUCAUCGUCGGUUCGGCUCGGAUCGAUUCCUCACCCUGACUAUCCCCGCGCCAUCUCGGCCGCCGCGCCACUUGCAAAAUUCCCGGUAUACCUCCCACCCGUCAGCUCUGCGCGAGAGUAUCGCGACGUGGCUCUUGCACCACGAGCACCGGUUAAAGUCCAAGCGUAAACCCAAGGCCGAGUCUCGCUUCCGCGUCGAGCUCUUCGCCGUCGAUGGCGCAGACUUUUCCCACCAUAGCUUGUGCCCACCGAUGGUAGCUGCUCCAGGACAAUUGAGUGACGGACAUACUCCGAUGAGUCUGGAGGCCUUGCUGGAUUGGCACAUGCCCAAUGCUGCUAAUGCCAAUCGGAGUAACUGCAAGCUCUUUCAGCGCCUGUCCAUUGGUCUCUCCAAAAGAUUUGUGACUUCUAGAUUGAAGCCUACUCAAGUCGUUCGUCUUCAAGAUGACUCUACGCGCCCCGUGAUGAAUGACGGCUGUGCAGUCAUGUCCAGGGCAAUUGCAAAUGAGAUUUGCGAUGAGCUGGGUAUCACCUCUGCCACCCCCAGUUGCUUCCAGGGUCGCAUUGCAGGCGCCAAGGGUCUUUGGAUGGUGAAUCGCCAUCAAUCUGGGGCCGGUUGUGCGAAUAGAGUUUAUGAAGUCUGGAGACAAAUUUCGGGUUCGCAGUCGAAGAUCAAACCUCAUCCGCAGGAGUGGAAAGACGGGUUUGAUGAAGAGCAACUCACGUUCGAGGUGGUGAACUGGGCCAAGCCGUUACAUCCGGUCGACCUGAACAUCCAGCUCCUGGCCAUUUUGGAGUACGGCGCAGCAUAUCAAGGAAUACAUUGGGAAGAUGGCGCUGGAAAGGCCCGUCGCCUGGAACAGUGGAUGGCCAACGAGGCCGAGUGUAUCGCCCGCUUGGUCGAGGCAGGGUUCGGGGCGCAGAGCUUCUACCCGCUGCGAGUGCGUCUGCGCAAGUACUUCACCAGCCUGUUGGACCGCCAUGUCGAGGAGCUUCAUAUCCAGGUGCCGUUGUCGACGUAUGCAUACUGCAUUGCGGACCCGUAUGGUAUCCUCGCACCGCACGAGGUGCAUUUUGGUUUCUCGCAGAACUGGCGCGAUCCGCAGGGCCAGCUCGAGGAUAAUCUCUUGGACAAUGUAGAUGUCUUGGUUGGCCGGCUGCCGGCCCAUGUCCCCUCAGAUAUCCAUUGCCGGCGCGCGGUCGACAUUCCGCUGGCUCAUAUACUCUCUGGUGGAGACUAUGACGGCGACACUCCGUGGAUCUGCUGGGAUCCGAAGAUAGUACAGAACUUUCGAACCUCGAGUCUUCCCUCGGAGUACUCGGCUGAGCACUUUGGGCUCACGAAGCAUUCCGUGCCCAUGGGCAAGAUCCAUUCGUCUGAGGGCUUCUUGCAGACUACCUUUGCGUUUAACCUUACGCUGUCGAAUCUAGGCCGCUGCACGGUCGAGCACGAGAAGAUCUCGUACGACGAGUCGAUCGACUCUUCUCGAGCCAAGGACCUAGGCUGUCUGCUCAGCCACCUGGUCGAUGGCCGCAAGGGCGGACGCGUGCUGCCGGCAUACCGGAACGCAGAACGGCAGCCGAAGCCCGUAAACAUCGUCGACUACCUCAAGUUCACGGUCGCCAAGGCCGAGCGACACACCAUGCUCUCCCAGCUCGACGAAUCCUAUCCCGAGAAAGAAUACUUCCUACACAUCGAUGAGGGCCUGGCGCGGCCAUGGAACGAGGCCAACCACGCCGCCGACCUCGGCCAGCUACACGGCGGCGACCUGCGCGCGACCCUCACCACAAUCAAACAAUCCGUCGAGUCCCUCUACAAACAGUGGACACGGUCCUGCUCGCAAGCCAACGAGUCCGACUCCUUCUCCCCGCUGGCGCGCCAAGCCGCCGCCGACGCUAGUGCCCUCCCUGCCCCGGCUGCAGGCUCGCGCCAGUUGCCGUAUGAUGAGUCGGAUGCUGAUGCCGACCAGUACGAGGGCGAGAAAGCCAUUAAGGCUUUGGUGCUCGGUGGUUCGGGGCCGGCCGAGUACUAUGAUUUCGAUGACGGGCUGUCUGUCCGAUAG